CACUCACUCUCUCUCUCUAUAAACCCUAGUCUUUACAUCUCUACUCUUUGCACAUUUCUCUCUCUACUUCCUCUCUCUUAUCCACUCCUCUGCAGAGAUAACUCACCACGAAAAUGGCUUCAGCUAACGCAGUUUCUACAGCCUCCAUCCUUCCUUCGCCUUCCAAGCAAUCGGGAUUGAAGAACAGGAAAGUUAGCCAAUUGAGGCAGGGGCAGAAUUUCGGUUCGAAGCAAGCGAAGAAUCGGUUUGUGGUGAGGGCCAAUGCUAAGGAAAUUGCGUUUGACCAGAAGUCAAGGUCUGCGAUGCAGGCUGGAAUUGACAAGCUCGCCGAUGCUGUCGGUCUUACUCUUGGCCCUAGGGGAAGAAAUGUUGUCCUGGAUGAGUUCGGUGCCCCAAAGGUGGUUAACGAUGGUGUCACAAUCGCACGUGCAAUAGAGUUACCCGAUGCCAUGGAAAAUGCCGGUGCUGCUUUGAUUAGGGAGGUUGCCAGCAAGACAAACGACUCUGCUGGUGAUGGAACCACCACAGCAUCCGUUCUUGCUCGUGAAAUUAUCAAACUCGGCCUUUUAAGUGUUACCUCCGGUGCGAAUCCAGUCUCGUUGAAGAAGGGAAUCGAUAAAACUGUGGUCGGUUUGAUUAACGAGCUCGAAAACAGAGCCAGGCCCAUUAAGGGUCGUGACGAUAUCAAAGCUAUUGCCACAAUUUCUGCUGGAAAUGACGAGAGCAUUGGAGCAAUGAUUGCUGAUGCAGUCGACAAGGUGGGACCCGAUGGUGUUCUGUCCAUUGAGUCAUCGUCUUCAUUUGAGACCACCGUUGAUGUAGAAGAGGGAAUGGAGAUUGAUAGAGGAUAUAUAUCACCACAAUUUGUGACCAACCCAGAAAAGCUGCUUGUUGAAUUCGAGAAUGCGAGAGUAUUAGUUACCGACCAGAAGAUUUCUUCGAUCAAGGACAUUAUUCCCUUGUUGGAAAAGACCACUCAGUUGAGAUCACCUUUGCUUAUAAUUGCAGAAGAUGUCACUGGGGAGGCUUUGGCCACUCUUGUUGUGAACAAGCUCAGAGGAAUCUUGAAUGUGGCUGCGAUCAAAGCACCUGGUUUUGGAGAAAGGAGGAAAGCCCUUCUUCAAGAUAUCGCUAUUUUGACCGGAGCUGAAUAUCAAGCUUCUGAUUUGGGCUUACUUGUGGAGAACACCGAUGUGGACCAAUUGGGUAUAGCAAGAAAGAUAACAAUAAGCAAAGACUCCACAACCAUAAUUGCUGAUGCUGCAUCCAAGGAUGAGUUGCAGGCUAGAAUUGCCCAACUGAAAAAGGAGUUGUCCGAGACUGACUCGGUUUACGACUCUGAGAAACUUGCCGAGAGAAUUGCUAAAUUGUCCGGUGGUGUUGCUGUAAUUAAAGUUGGUGCUGCAACUGAGACCGAGCUGGAGGACCGUAAACUUCGUAUUGAGGAUGCCAAAAACGCAACUUUUGCUGCUAUCGAGGAAGGCAUUGUGCCAGGUGGUGGUGCUGCAUUGGUGCAUCUCUCGACUUGUGUUCCUGCAAUAAAGGACACUAUUGAGGAUCCGGAGGAGAAACUCGGUGCUGAUAUUAUCCAAAAGGUACAAUCUUUGACCCCGCCAUUAAAGCUAAAGCUUGCAA